AUGGCGGAAGUUGCAGAAGAUACAAAACCUUUAAAAGAGUUGUUCUCACCCGUAACCACAAAUCCUCCUUCUUGUAUUGUGUUACCCACAACAAAUGCGACACAUUUUGAGCUGAAACCUCACAUAAUACAACUUCUUCCUCAAUUUCAUGGGAUUGAACGAGAGGAUCCAUACAUGCAUGUUAAAGACUUUCUUGAAAUUUGUGCUACCUUUAGGUUUCAAAAUUUUUCUGAGGAGUCUGUUAAAUUGCGUCUUUUUCCCUUCUCACUGAAAGAUAAAGCAAAGGCAUGGUUAAAUUCUCUACCCUCUGGCUCAAUCACUUCAUGGGACAUCCUCGUUAAAAAGUUUCUUUCAAAAUUCUUUUCAAUGUCAAGAACAACUACUCUAAGGAGGGAGAUUACUGAUUUUUGUCAAGAAGAACAUGAAAAUUUUUAUGAGAGUUGGGAGAGAUUUAAAGAUCUUAUUUUAAAGUGCCCCCCUCAUGGUUUUGAAACAUGGAGACUAGUUCAAUUUUUUUAUAAUGGUUUAACUCAGUCUAACCGCAAUAUGCUUGAGUCAAUGAACGGGGGUGGUUUUCUAAAUCUUAGGGGCGAUGAAGCUUAUGAAUUUCUUGAAAAUUUAUCUGAGAGCUCUCAACAGUGGGAUUUUACUUCUCAUAGAGACAAACAAUCUUCUAUAUCUAAGAGAGGGGGAGUAUAUGAAGUGAAAGAGGAUUCAGAUGUGAGAGUAAAGUUAGAUAAUCUUACUCGAAAGGUUGAGGCAUUAGUUUUAAGUAAAACUAUGGAGUCAGCCAAUCAAGUUCAAAGUGAGGUGUGUUCUCUUUGCAGUAGUCAUGUGCAUACAACACAAACAUGUCCUUCCAUUAUUGGAUACUCUGACAGCUAUGUUGAACAAGCAAAUGCGCUCAAUAAUUAUGGAAAAUCAUUUGCUAGUCAUUUUUCGGAAACAUACAACCAAAAUUGGCGAAAUCAUCCAAACUUUUCAUGGCGUCAGAACCAACCUUCUACAAAUAUAGGUGGGCAACCUUUUCAUUCACAAAAUCAAUCUCCCCCAGGUUUUCGUCCUCCUAUACAGUCAUAUCCUACUCAAUCUCAACCAUUUUAUGCUCCAACUCCCGUGUCUCAACCGAACUUCCAAUCUGUUGCACCACAGCAACAAUCAUCCUUAGAGGACACCCUUAAAGCAAUCAUGGCUAAAAUUGAAAAAAAUGAUGCUAAAAUUGAAAAUUCAACUCACUUGCACGCUCAAGCCAUUGCUAAACUUGAAAAUCAAAUGGGUCAAUUAGCUAGUCAACUUGCAGAGAGAGAAAAAGGGAAGUUUCCGAGUCAAACUCUAGUGAAUCCAAAAGGACAGUUUUCUAUAGGCACGACCUCUACUCCUUCAAACGAGCAACACCAUGUUCAAUCAAUCAUUACCCUUAGAUCCGGGAAAGAAGUUGAUAAUAAAGUUAGUAUGCCAACAGAGGAAUUACAAGUACAAAUCAACAUUCCAUUCUUAGAUGCCAUUCAACAAGUGCCCUCGUACGCUAAAUUUUUGAAAGAUCUAGUCACUAUAAAAAGGAAGACAAAUGUUCCAAAGAAGGCGUUUUUAACUGAACAGGAAAGUGCUAAAACUUCACGUGAGCCACAAAGGCGUCUAAAUCCUGCAAUGCAAGAAGUAGUUAGAGUAGAAAUUCUUAAGCUUUUAGAUGCUGGCGUUAUUUAUCCAAUAUCUGAUAGCAGUUGGGUGAGUCCUGUUCAAGUUGUUCCUAAGAAAUCGGGUGUGACGGUAGUAAAAAAUGAAGAUAAUGAAUUAGUUCCCACUCGUGUUCAAACAGGAUGGCGUGUUUGUAUAGACUAUCGAAAAUUAAAUUCCAUGACACGAAAAGAUCAUUUUCCUUUACCGUUUAUUGACCAAAUGCUAGAAAGGUUAGCGGGACAUGAGUAUUAUUGCUUUCUCGAUGGUUAUUCUGGUUAUAAUCAAAUUCCCAUCGCACCGGAAGACCAAGAAAAGACUACGUUCACAUGCCCUUAUGGUACUUUUGCGUACCGCCGCAUGCCAUUUGGAUUAUGCAAUGCACCAGCCACCUUUCAGCGAUGCAUGGUUAGUAUUUUUUCUGACAUGGUAGAACGUUUUUUGGAAGUGUUUAUGGAUGAUUUUUCAGUUUUUGGAUCUUCUUUUGAUGAAUGCUUACACCAUUUGACCCUAGUGUUAGUACGAUGUAAAGAAAAAAAUCUUGUGCUUAAUUGGGAAAAAUGUCACUUUAUGGUUAAGCAAGGAAUUGUAUUAGGGCAUAUUAUCUCGCAUAAAGGUAUUGAAGUGGAUAAAGCUAAAAUUGAUUUGAUAUCUAACCUUCCACCCCCACGUACUGUAAAGGAGAUUAGAUCAUUUUUGGGUCAUGCGGGCUUUUAUAGGAGGUUCAUUAAAGACUUUAGUAAAAUUGCUAAACCUCUAUGUAAUUUGUUGGCCAAAGAUGCCCCGUUUGUAUUUCACAAGGAGUGCCUUCAUGCUUUUGAGAGAUUAAAAAGUGAGUUGACCUCCGCCCCUAUAAUUCGACCACCCGAUUGGAAUGUCCCUUUUGAAAUUAUGUGUGAUGCCUCUGAUUACGCGGUAGGCGCUGUUUUAGGACAACGUGUCGAUAAGCUCCCUCAUGUAAUUUAUUAUGCUAGUAAGACGUUAAAUGAUGCACAAUUAAACUAUUCCACUACAGAAAAGGAGUUACUAGCAGUUGUUUUUGCACUUGAUAAGUUUAGAGCUUAUUUAUUGGGUUCUAAGGUCGUAGUCUAUUCAGAUCAUGCUGCAUUGAAGUAUCUGUUGUCUAAAAAAGAUGCUAAAUCUAGAUUAAUUCGAUGGAUUUUGUUACUGCAAGAAUUUGACAUUGAGAUUCGAGAUAAAAAAGGCUCUGAGAAUGUGGUGGCUGACCAUCUAUCUAGAUUAAUUGUAGAGUUCACCGAGGAUUCAUUGCCCAUCUCUGAAACUUUUCCUGAUGAACAACUGAUGCAUGUGUCUCAAUUAUCUUCACCUUGGUUUGCAGAUAUUGUAAAUUAUCUUGUAACUGGAGAGAUACCUUUGCAUUGGCCCAAGCAUGAUAAAUCUAAAUUUUUAUCCAAGGUUAAGUACUUCUUUUGGGAUGAUCCAUACUUGUUUAAAUAUUGCCCUGACCAGAUUAUUAGAAGGUGUAUUCCUGAAAGUGACCAACGAAGUACUAGUGGUCAAGUUGAGAUAUCUAAUAGGGAGAUUAAAAAUAUACUUGAAAAAACAGUGAACCCUAAUAGGAAAGAUUGGUCUUUACGCCUUAAUGACGCAUUAUGGGCUUACCGUACGGCAUUUAAAACUCCCAUUGGAAUGUCUCCUUACCGACUUGUCUAUGGCAAGGCAUGUCACUUACCUGUAGAACUAGAACACAAGGCAUAUUGGGCUACCAAAAAACUCAAUUUUGAUCUUGACAAGGCAGGUGUUCGCAGAAAGCUUCAACUUCUUGAGCUAGAGGAAAUUCGGGAUGAUGCUUACGACUGUGCCAAAUCAUACAAAGACCGUAUGAAAAGGGUUCAUGAUCAAAACAUUUUAAGAAAAUCUUUCACUUCUGGUCAAAAAGUCUUUCUUUAUAAUUCUCGUUUGCAUUUCUUCCCAGGCAAACUUCGUUCUCGAUGGUCCGGCCCUUUUAUUGUUCGCACUAGCUAUCCGCAUGGGGCAGUUGAAAUUGAGAAUCCUAAAGAUGGUUCCGUGUCUAAAGUGAAUGGGCAGCGGUUGAAACCGUUUAUAGAAUUGAAAACCCCAGAAGUAGAGGAAAUCCUUUUGGAGGAUCCUGUUUAUCAGGAUUAA